CCUAAGUCACUCACUUUGCCUUUUCUUUCCCUUUUACCCUUUGCUUCUCCUCAACGUUCGGUAGCCCAUAAAGUCAUUUAAAAUUGACUUGAAAAAGAGUGCAAAACACUGUCAAAUUCACUAAUAAAAAAACAACUAGAUUAAAUCUAAACAUCCCAUUAAUCCCAUUUGCUUGAAACUGUUCAAAAAUCAAUUUCAAAGAACACCUAGGUAUAUAUAUAAAAUUAAAUAAGAGAGCAAAAAGUGAGUGUUUAGAGAAAGAAAGAGAAAGGGUGUUGUCAAAUUUCAGUAGUUAAUUGAGAGAGAGAGAGAGGGAUGGCAUAUGCCUACCAUUAACACUUGUGUCACAAUCCACACACCCAUUGUUAAUAAGGGUGCUGUUCUUGGUGGUAAUGGUGUUAAAAGUGAGUUUUCUAGAGAGUGAAAGAUAAAAGAAAAGGACCCAUUCUUUUGUUUUUUUUUUGUUUUGGUUCCAGAUGCUCUUUCAAUGGGGAAAAAUGAAGACCCGAAUCUACAACAAAGGGAACAACAAAGUAUUGAAUCAAGGAACAAUGAAGGGUAUCAUCAAGGGUUCUUCUUUUAUGGGAGGUUUUGGAUGGUUUUUUCAAGCUUUGCGAAUGAGUUCAAUUUCAGAUGUGUUUUCAUUUUGUUCCUCAGUUUAUCAGUGUUAUUGCCUGGGAUCUUUUGGAUCUUCCCUUUUCGUUCUAUAAAAUCUGGGUUUGAUGCUAAACAAGCUAUUAAGCUCAGUGCUCCCGUUCAUGCAUACUUUACGCUCAAGAAACCAGUGUCUGAGCUUGUUCAGAACAUUCAAAAGUUGGAGUAUGAUAUAUAUGAAGAAAUAGGUGUUCCGGAUACUAAGGUGGCUAUCUUAUCCAUGCACCAGUCCAGUGUGCCUAACUCGACGUAUGUAGUGUUUGGUGUUCUUCCUGAUCCCGUAAAUAGACUGAUAAACCAAGUAUCCCUAAGCGUGCUGAGAGCGUCUUUAGUUGAGCUGUUCCUCCGACACUCCAAUCUGACUUUGACAACCUCCAUUUUUGGACAGCCUUCUAAGUUUGAGAUUUUAAAGUUUCCCGCUGGGAUCACUAUAACCCCCUUACAAUCCGCUUCAAUCUUGCAAAAGACCCAGAUUCUAUUCAAUUUUACUUUGUAUAAUUCGAUAUCCGAAAUAGAUGACAAAUUCAUGGAGUUAAUUGAUCAGCUACAAUCUGGAUUGCAUUUGAGGUCUUAUGAGAAUUUGUUUGUGCAAUUAACAAACAUAAAUGGCUCCACGAUGUCCUCUCCGGUCAUAGUUCAAGCUUCUAUUAUGUCAAAUGGUUUCAGUACACUUUUGCCUCAGAGAUUAAAGCAGUUGGCUCAAACCAUCACAAGCUCUCCUGCGAAGAAUCUUGGUCUUAAUAAUUCAGUUUUUGGUAGAGUUAAAAGCAUUAGCUUAUCGUCUUAUCUGAAUGGUACACUUCAUCCUACUCCUCCUCCCACUCCUUCACCAGCUCCAUCUCCAGGGCUGUUGAUAGCCCCCAGUCCUUUAUCUUCACCGGCUCACUCUCCAGCACCAUCACCUGAUAAACAUCAUCUUCCGCCUUGUCCCGACUGCAAAUCUCCUGCUCCUUCCAGUCAUAGUCCUUUGCGUUCACCAGGUCCGGAGACUGGUUCCUACCCUACUUUUCCUCCUUUGGUUUCUCCUGCACCAUCUAGUGCAGCAACGUACCCCCCUCCUCCUCGUUAUUUACCAAGACCUCACCCUAGCCAAACUUCUAACCACCAACCUGUAAUGAGUCCUCAAUCAAAGUUGUCCCCAAAUCUACCACCUUUACCUUCAGUGUCUUACGGCUCUCGUCCAGACCAGGGUAUGAACGGUACUAAAGGUCCAGUUUCUACACCACCUGCGCAAUCUCCAUCAUCUAUAGCAACAAGUGUUCUCCCCAAGCAACUCUGGUUAUUGGCAUUCUUAGGAUUCUUGACCUUUCAUCUCCAUUUAUGAUUGAAUCGAAUUCGUUUCAUGUCACGCCAUCCAACAUCCUGAGACAUCUAAAAGACAACAAUAGGUGAUACUUAUUUCCGGACUUUGAUAAGGCAAAAACACGGUAGAAGCCCCUGCAAAAAAAAGUUCCAAACAUUUUCCAUCUCCUUCAGGCAAGCAACGUACAUUGCGCGAAUGAGAUGGAAGAUCAACUUCACCAGGGGGUCAAGCCGGAAAUUUCACAGGCCGGACAUCUUACGACAUAAAAACAUAAAAUGUUUUUUCUUCCCAAAGGGUUAAAUAACCCUAAAGAGAAUGUGUGUGUGACUACUUAAAAAGCAGCAGUCAUAAAAAAAAACAUGCCAGGUUUGAGCAAGGAGCCAUCUCUUUGUAUUUAAUUCAAAGUGUAAAGAAAAAUGAUGGUUCUAUUUUUGGAACAAAAGUUAUUAUGUCAUGUUGUGAACUGUAAAAACUAUUGUUUUAUAAUAUACUCAAGGAAUGAUAAAUAAAUAAAUAAACAGUAUAGAUUUACAAAGUCAUUUAUACAUAUGAUUUUCAUGUUUGAUGGUUCAAAUGUAUUUUGUAGAUGCAAAAAAAAAAAUAACUUUUAAAAGGGAAACAGGACAUGGGUUUAAGGUUUGUAUUGUACAAGCUAUCAUGUUGUUCAAGUGUUUGCAUCUUGGGUUUUAGCUGAUGUGUCAUGUUCAUUUUAGGUGUGUUUGGUGCACCAAAGGAUUGGGAUAUCAUAUCAUCCAAAGCAAUUACAAAGAAGAAAAUUAUGUUAUAUAUAUAUACAUAUAUAUUAUAUACAGUAAUAAAUGAUGGUUGUUGUGCACUAGAUGGCAGUCAGAUUUAUAUUUUAACUAAACGAGAAACUUGAACCCGAGAUAAGGUUGAUGUUUUUCUUAGUCCCCGCGACUCAUUUUGCAUCAAGUUUUGGUGGUUUGCUUUUGCUUUUGCUUCAAUCUUUUCUCGAGGUUUCCUCCUACCCUUUGAGUUGUUGGUCGGAAUGGAAUGGCAUGGAGUCAACGCCCCAAAUCUGUUGAUUCUGUGGUUGAAGCCUAGUUAGAUGGUUUGACCCUAAUCUCGUCCUUCCUUCAGUUUGUUCAUGGUGGUUCAGACGCUUUGUUUUCUGCGGAAUGAUCUCCCAGGUCAAAGGUGUGCAUACGGUCGAUGGUGAUGACGACUCCUAAGUUUUGUUGGCUUGUUCCUAUGAACUAGGGUUCUUUGUGAGCUUUGGGUUCUCCUUGGGUUGAGUUAGGAUUUGUGCCUGUUCGUACUUUAUUGGAUUUAUUCUUUUUAGGCCUUUAAACUAUUAUGUAACAUUUUUUGCUUAAUAAAAUUUAGAUAAUUAACAAAAAAAA